AUGUUGUCAGUCUCGUUAUCUUUAGAUCCGAUUGUCCCUAUCGAUAACCAUCACCCACCGUUAAGAAUCUAUUCUAAAGUACAACGCAUUUUUAAUACUCUUCCACACAAAAUUGAAUUUUUCAAUUUUAAAAAAGUGAAUUUUAUUGACAUUAUUUACGAAUUAAAUAAAAUUAACUGGUCAUUAACAUUUUUAAAUUUAGAUAUUAAUACAGCUGUUAAUAAAUUUAAUUCAAUAUGUCACGAGGUUUUAUUAAAACAUGUUCCUAUUGUUACUUAUAAUUAUAAUUCAUUCCCAAUAUGGUUUAAUAAAGAAUUGAGACUGUUAAUAAAAGAAAAAAAAAGAGCCCAUUUUAAAUAUAAACAAUCUAAUCACGUUUCAGAUUACUUCACCUUUUCAAAUCUUCGCCUACAAUGCAAACAACUAUCUCGUUCCUGUUAUAUAAAUUUCAUAUCCAAGACUCAAUUAUCAUUGGUCAGUAAGCCAAAACAAUUUUGGAAAUUUAUUAAUGACCGCAAACAAUUAAACACCUUCCCAAAAGUCAUGUUUUUAAAUAAUAAAACUGCACAGGACGGGUUAAAUAUUUCUAAUUUAUUCGCAGAACACUUUUCUUCGGCCUACUCACACAUUUGUCCAUCAACUGAUGAUUUAAAGGUUACGAUCGCCGAUUGUAUUGAUCUAUCAAAAAUCGACAUUACUGUUCAAGAAGUUUUCUUAGCACUAGAAAAAUGUAAACUUAAUAGCUCACCUGGCCCUGACGGUAUUCCGGAAAUAGUUUUAAGCCAAUGUAGGUAUGCUUUAACGCUUCCUUUACACUACCUUUUUUCUCUGUCACUGUCUUCAGGCACAUUUCCAGACUUAUGGAAAUCCUCUUAUGUCCAGCCAGUUUUUAAAAACGGCGAUCGCUCUAAUAUUAUUAACUAUCGUCCUAUCAGCAUUAUGUCAUCAAUUCCUAAGUUAUUAGAAUCUAUUUUACUUCCUAAAUUAAACUUCUCUUUUUCUAAAUAUAUAAUUCCACAACAAUUUGGUUUUCGUCCACAUACUUCUACUUCUUCAAAUUUAGUUGCAUAUCAUAAAUAUUUAAUGGACGUUAUUGAAAAAGGUGGUCAGGUCGAUGCUAUAUAUACUGACAUUAGUAAAGCGUUCGACACUAUUAACCACGCUGUGCUGAUUCGUAAGUUAGAGUUGAUGGGUGUUAAUAAUCUCAUGUUAAAAUGGUUUAGUUCAUAUAUAUCUUGUAGAUCUCAAAAGGUAAGGCUUCACGGUUAUGUUUCUAAUAAUAUCUCUAUCCCCUCAGGUGUCCCACAGGGAGGUCAUAUUUCACCACUACUUUUUAUAUUGUACAUGAAUGACGUUGGCUUAGUUUUUAAACAUGCACAGUUUAGUAUGUUUGCCGAUGAUUUAAAACUAUUUUAUAAUAUUAAUUCAUUAGAUGAUGGCUCUAAAUUACAAGACGACUUUGAUAAUUUCAAAGCCUGGUGCUAUAAUAAUGGUUUACAAGUUAACAUUAAUAAAUGCAAUUCCAUCUCUUUUUAUCGUAACAAAUCUCCGUUCAAUAUUGCUUAUUACUCCGACAAUUACCUUUUACCUAAAGUGGACUCUAUUAAAGAUCUUGGAGUUAUUUUUUCUAGUUCACUCUCUUUUACUGCGCACAUUCAAUCAAUAACUAUAAAAGCAUCACGAUCACUUGGCUUUAUUAUCAGAAACACUCGCGAUUUUAAUAACAUUGUAUCAUUAAAAAUUCUUUAUUUCGCUCUAGUACGUUCAGUACUUGAAUAUUGCUCCAUUUUGUGGAACCCUUACCAACUUGUAUGGAUAAAUAAAAUCGAAAGAGUUCAAAAUAAAUUCCUAAGAUUUAUUAAUACAAAAAUUCCUAACAAUUGCAUAAUAAUUGAUCAUUGCUAUGAACCACUUAGAAGACUGGUUAAUAUCAACUCUCUAAGUUCAAGACGUCUUUAUUUCGAUGUCAUAUUUAUUUACAAAAUCUUACAUGGCACUAUAAAAGAUAGUUUUCUGCUCAGCCAAAUUAAUUUAUCAGUUCCUACAUUUAAUUCUAGAAGCCGGCCGACCUUCCACAUUCCUAGUCACAAAACACUUUACGGUUUUUUUUCCCCUAUUAACAGAGCAUUAGUCUCCUGUAACAACCUACAAAACAAAUUUGAUAUUUUUCAUUCCUCUCAAAAAGCGUUGCAAAAUAAUAUAUUUUCUUUCUAA